AUGAUAGAUAAAGAAAAGAGUGACAAAAGAAGAGAAAAAGGGGACGAAGCGAUAAAAAACGGAGUGAUAAAAAUGAUAGAUAAAGGAAAGAGUGACAGCAGUGACAAAAGAGGAGAAAAGGGGGACGAAGCGAAAAAAAACGGAGUGAUAAAAAUGAUGGAUAAAGAAAAGAGUGACAGGAGUGACAAAAGAAGAGAAAAGAGGGACGAAGCGAUAAAAAGCGGAGUGAUAAAAAAGAUAGAUAAAGAAAAGAGUGACGGGAGUGACAAAAGAAGAGAAAAGGGGGACGAAGCGAAAAAAAACGGAGGGACAGGAGUGACAAAAGAAGAGAAAAGGGGGACGAAAGAGAUAAAAGAACGGAGUGACAAAAAAAAUGAAAAGAGUGAUAGACGGGAGUGA